GAGAGUUUUCGAUUGAACGAUCGCGGAUACGUUAUCCGGAAUCGAAUCCCCCAUUUUGAAACGCAUUCCCCGAAUCCUCACCGCCGCCGUCCACGAUGAAAGUCCUCGUCGCUCUUGUCGCAUGCGCCUUGGCCAUGUGCUAUGCCAAUGUCGCCGUGAACGACGCCAGCCCCAAGAUGGUGGCCAUCGACACCGCUUCCACCGAUGUUGGCUUUGCCCGAGUCUUGAUGGCGGCCUCGUCAGAAGCUGCCGCCAGCAAGAAGGACGACGACGAUGACGAUGAUGAUGACGAUGAUGACGAUGAUGACGAUGACGACGAUGACGAUGAUGAUGACGAUGAUGACGAUGAUGACGAUGAUGACGAUGAUGACGAUGAUGACGAUGACGAUGAUGACGACGAUGACGAUGACGACGUCAUUGAAGCAGACGUUCCGGUUGUAGAGCAUGAUCAUAUCCCUGCUUCCGGUGUCGCACCCGUUCGCACUGCCGACACGGCUGUUGCCAUUGAUGCAGACUAUGUCAACGCUAUCUCUUAAGCCAAAUAUAAGCUAACGUUGAUCAAAUACAACUGUUUGAACGUCACCA